CAAAUAAAUACUCUCCCACUGAAAAUAUAGUUCUCUGCCAAACCUACAAUCUUCGGUGCAAUCAUCAAUUUCAGAAUUAAUUAAAGCUUAUUUGGUGUAAAACCACAAUUUCAAUUCCCACCAAAAGUCAAGAAUUUUUGGCUAAUUAAAACGUGAGUAGUGUCGAUUAUCUCUCUAUAUAUUCAGCAAUUACAUUUGUGGUUUCCACCAUCAUCUCUUCUCAAUCUCUCAAUUGGUGGCUUCUAAUUUCCUAUCAAUCUCAGUUUGGAAAUAAUCAGCAUAUAUAAUGUGGAGGCUGAAGACUGCAGAAGGCGAAGACGGCCCAUACCUUUACAGCACCAACAACUACGUCGGCCGGCAGACUUGGGAAUUCGACGCCGACUACGGCACGGCGGAGCUCCGGGAAGAGGUCGACAAAGCCCGCCGUGAUUUCUGGGACAACCGCCGCGAUGUCAAGCCCAGCAGCGAUCUCCUCUGGCGGAUUCAGUUUUUGCAUGAGAAGAAUUUCAAGCAGACUAUACCCCAAGUCAAGGUGGCCGACGGUGAAGACAUCACCUACGAAGCUGCCUCCGCCACGCUCCGGCGAGCCGUCACUUUCUUCUCCGCCUUGCAAGCCAGCGACGGCCACUGGCCGGCGGAGAACGCCGGCCCUCUCUUCUUUCUCCCUCCUUUGGUCAUGAUUACGUACAUUACCGGCCAUCUCAACACUGUUUUUCCGGCAGAGCAUCGUCGCGAAAUCCUCCGUUACAUUUACUGUCAUCAGAAUGAAGACGGCGGGUGGGGCUUCCACAUAGAAGGGCACAGCACGAUGUUCUGCACCGCGUUGAACUACAUUUGCAUGCGUAUAUUAGGCGAAGGCCCCGAGGGAGGCCUCAACAAUGCCUGCAGCAGAGCAAGAAAAUGGAUUCUUGAUCAUGGCACCAUCAAAGCCAUCCCUUCUUGGGGGAAGACUUGGCUUUCGAUACUAGGAGUGUUUGAGUGGAUAGGAAGCAAUCCAAUGCCCCCUGAAUUUUGGCUGCUUCCAUCUUUUCUUCCUAUGCAUCCAGCAAAGAUGUGGUGCUACUGUCGUAUGGUUUACAUGCCGAUGUCAUAUCUAUACGGGAAGAGGUUCGUGGGCCCGAUAACUCCACUCGUGUUGGAGCUCAGGGAAGAGCUCUAUGAUCAGCCUUAUGAAAAGAUCAAUUGGAGGAGCAUUAGGCAUCUCUGUGCCAAGGAGGAUCUCUACUACCCUCAUCCAUUGGUUCAAGAUCUGCUCUGGGAUAGUUGUUACGUAUUGACCGAGCCUCUCCUGACGCGUUGGCCUCUCAACAAGCUGAGGCAGAAGGCGCUUGACGUCACAAUGAAGCACAUCCACUACGAGGAUGAGAACAGCAGGUACAUCACCAUCGGGUGUGUGGAGAAGGUGCUGUGCAUGUUGGCUUGCUGGGUGGAGGAUCCCAACGGGGACUACUUCAAGAAGCAUCUUGCAAGAAUCCCGGACUACCUGUGGCUCGCGGAAGAUGGAAUGAAGAUGCAGAGCUUUGGCAGCCAAGAGUGGGACACGGGCUUCGCGUUGCAGGCGCUGCUAGCUAGUGAUAUGGCCGGUGAAAUAGGCGAGACGCUGAGGCUAGGGCACGACUUCGUGAAGAAGUCUCAGGUUAAGGAUGAUCCCUCCGGCGACUUCAAGAGCAUGUACCGCCACACUUCUAAAGGCUCGUGGACGUUUUCAGACCAAGAUCACGGGUGGCAAGUGUCUGAUUGCACCGCGGAAGGAUUGAAGUGUUGUCUUCUGUUUUCAAUGAUGCCUCCUGAAAUUGUGGGGGAGAAGAUGGAAUCUGAGGGGCUCUACAAUGCUGUCAACAUACUCAUCUCCUUGCAGAGCAAGAAUGGUGGCUUAGCUGCUUGGGAGCCUGCAGGAGCCUCGGAGUGGUUAGAGUUGCUGAAUCCCACAGAGUUCUUUGCUGACAUUGUGAUUGAGCAUGAGUAUGUGGAGUGCACUUCAUCGGCUAUCCAAGCGCUCGCCUUGUUCAAGAAGCUGCACCCUCACCACCGGAAGAAGGAGAUCGAGGCUGCCAUCCCAAAGGCUGCCGGCUACCUCGAGGAUAUCCAAAGGCCGGAUGGCUCGUGGUAUGGGAACUGGGGCGUCUGCUUCACGUAUGGCACUUGGUUCGCCCUCGGGGGACUGGCUGCAGCCGGCAAGACGUAUAGCAAUUGCGCAGCAGUUCGAAGAGGUGUUGAGUUCUUGUUGAGUUCACAAAGAGGUGAUGGUGGCUGGGGAGAGAGCUACCUCUCCUGCCCAAAUAAGGAAUACGUACCACUGGAACACGACCGGUCGAACUUGGUGCAUACUUCAUGGGCUAUGAUGGGUCUAAUCCAUUCGGGCCAGGCUGAGAGGGACCCCACACCACUCCACCGUGGAGCUAAGCUUCUGAUCAACUCUCAAUUGGAGAAUGGUGAUUUUCCCCAGCAGGAAAUUACUGGGGUUUUCAUGAAGAAUUGCAUGUUGCAUUAUGCAGCAUACAGAAAUAUAUACCCACUAUGGGCUCUAGCAGAGUACCGCAAGCGUGUAUUGUUACCAUCAAGAACUUGCUAAAUACCAUAUAUUCCACUUUAAAUGUAUUUUAAUUUUCAUUUUUUAAUGUGCCUUUAUACCUUUUUUUUUUGAGAGAGAAAUGUACCUUUAUACAUUUGAAUAAGUUAUUUGUUCCAUUUUUUAGCAAAGUGAUGUUGUAUUAUAGUAAAUAUUAUACAAGGAAAUAUAAAUGUAAUUCAGUUUA